AUGCCCGCGGACACCAAAUACGUCACCAUCAUUCGCUCCCCAGUCGACAACGUCGAGUCCGUUUUCGGGUUUUUCCAGGAUCAAAUGCCUUUCGAAGAGUGGCUCGGGGACGUGACGACGACAGAACGAUUGAAGACUUUUUACGCUGACCCAGCGAAGUAUUUCAAAAGAGAUACUGAUUGGUACUUCAGAUCCAAAAACCACAUGUUUUUCGACAUCGGUUACGACGUGAACCGGGCGGAGGACGAGGCGUACGUAGACCAGGCCAUCGCAGAAAUGGACGAGAAUUUUACUCUGAUUCUUUUGACGGACUUCUUUGACGAGUCGCUGAUUCUGAUGAAGCACUUGCUUUGCUGGGACUGGGACGACAUCGUCUACAUCAAAUUCAAGAUGAGAACGGAAGAGGCGAAAGCAGAAAUGAACCCGGAACUGGCAAAGAAAAUUUUGGAGUGGAACCACGCAGAUCAUAAAUUGUACGAUUAUUUCAAUACUACGUUUUGGAAACGAGUAGAAGCCUUUGGCGUCGACAAAAUGAACUCAGAAUUGGAAGCUUUCCGAGCUGAGCAAAAAGCCGCCGAAACCGAAUGUAUUCAGUCCUACGAGCCGUUCAAGAAAAAACCCUGGAUUUUGGGCGCGAAGUUGCGACCGCACCCGACCGACAAGUGCAAGCAUCUCGCCUGGUCAGAAACCGUCUACGGCGAGUUCUUGAGGGACAAAAUGUACAAAUCGAUUCCGAACCUGGUUUCGCCGACGGAAGAACAAAAAGCGGCUUCUCUUGCCUAUUUCGAGCAAAUUGCCGGCGCCGCGUUGCAAAGCAGUUGA